AUGGAUGUCCCUAAACACUACCUAUUCAGCAUAUUAGUAGUAAGCCUUGUGGUUCUGUUUUCUGAUCCUCUUGAAGCAGCACCUAAAGCAUCCCUUAUCACACAUCUGCCUGGAUUUAAUGGCACUUUCCCUUCAAAACACUAUUCAGGGUAUGUGAGAUUCAAAGGUCAGCGUCAUCCAACUCGAAGACACCUCUUUUACUAUUUUGUCGAGUCAGAAAGAAAUCCAUCGAAAGACCCUGUUGUCUUAUGGCUUAAUGGUGGACCUGGUUGCUCUAGCUUUGAUGGAUUUGUGUACGAACAUGGACCCUUUAACUUUGAAGCACCACAGAAACAAGGGGAGCAUCCAAUUUUGCAUCUCAACCCCCAUAGCUGGUCUAAGGUCUCAAACAUCAUCUAUUUGGAUUCUCCAUCUGGGGUUGGCUUUUCAUACCCAAGUAUUCCAACUGGAGAUUUACAAACAGCCUCGGACACUCAUACUUUUCUCCGCAAGUGGUUUAAGCUAUAUCCAGAAUUUCAAGCCAAUCCAUUUUACAUCACUGGGGAGUCUUAUGCUGGCAUUUAUGUACCUACUCUUGUAUCUAGAGUGGCCAAAGGAAUUAGAAAAGGUGCCAAACCAAAAAUCAAUUUAAAGGGAUACAUGAUCGGAAAUGGACUUUGCGAUUCGGAAUUUGAUGGACUGAACUCUUUAAUUCAGUUUGUACAUGGGAUGGGCAUUAUAUCCGAUAAGCUUCUCAAGGAAGCAGAAGUAGCUUGCGAUGGGAACUACGAGAGAAAUGAAGAUAAAACUCAAUGUACAACUGCACUCGCAAAAAUUGCAGAGUUGAUUAUGGGGUUGAACAUGUAUGAUAUAUUGGAACCGUGCUAUCACAAGAAAAACCCUGAAGCGACGUCCACAAAGAAUACAAGCUUACCAAAAAGCUUUCAAGAACUGGGAAAGACUGAUAAGCCUCUGCCGGUGAGAAAGAGGAUGUUUGGUCGUGCAUGGCCUUAUCGAGCUCCUGUGAGAGACGGGAUUGUUCCAACAUGGCCACAAUUAACUCAAUCACUCCAAGCCCGAGGAGUUUCCGUUCCAUGCACAAAUGAUGAAGUAGCAACCGCAUGGCUGAACGAUGAAGCUGUGAGGAAGGCCAUUCAUGCUAGUCCGAAAAGUGGAAAUUGGAACCUGUGCUUGGCUGGCUUAGAAUAUAACCAUGAUGCCGGAAGCAUGCUUUCCUACCACCACAAUCUUACGUCCAAAGGAUAUCGUGCUCUCAUUUACAGUGGGGAUCAUGACAUGUGUGUCCCAUUCACCGGAACCGAAGCAUGGACCGCCUCCCUCGGCUAUAAGGUUGAGGACGAAUGGAGGCCUUGGAUGACUAAUCACCAGAUUGCCGGGUAUUUACAAAAGUAUGCCCAUAAUUUGACUUUUCUCACCGUAAAGGGGGCUGGACACACGGUACCGGAGUACAAGCCGCGGGAGUCACUGCAUUUCUACAGCCGUUGGUUGGAAGGAGAAAGGAUAUGA